AUGCCUUGCGCUGAAGAUGCUGAACAGAUCCGGAAAAUUGAAAAGGCCUUAGAGUUUUGGAGUCAAAAUACGUGCCUGAGAUUCAAGAAAGAAACAGAUCCAAUGAAUAUAGACUAUAUAUAUUUUGAUACUGGAACUACAACAACAUGUACCACACCUCUAGGAAGGCAAGGUGGACGCCAAACAUUACUCUUAAACGGACCUUGUUUCAAUGUCCGAACUAUAUCACAAUUAAUUGGAAGAGCCUUAGGUGUAAUUUAUGAAGUUCAACGAAAAGACAGAGAUUUGUAUAUGGUUAUAGAAGCAAGCAAGAUAGACCCACUCCUUAUGGUCAAUAUAGAUGAGGUGGAUUCCGAUUAUUUCAACCUACCAUAUGAAUACGGAAGUGUGAUGCAAUAUUAUGAAAAUGAAUUCAAAUUGGGCUCAAGUUUACCACCGGUAUUCUCAGCUAAAAACUCUCGUUUUCAAACCACUAUAGGUUCAAGUUAUGAACCAACCUUUUUUGAUUUGACAGCUAUCAAUCGUUACUAUUGCAAUAACACUUGUUUUGGGCAAAAUUCGCAAUGUUCGAAUUCGGGAUACGCUAAGCCAUUUGAUUGUGGUACUUGUUUUUGUCCUACUGGGUAUGCCGGAAGAAAAUGCUUGGAAGCUCAGCGGAGCGAAAUGGUUGAUAAUUGCCCUAACGAUGUGGGUGCCUACGAAAUAAACGAAAGAACUCCUCCCCUUGUUAUAUCCACUCCUGGUUGGCCUAUCGCGGAUCCGUACAAAUUGGCUAAAUGUUAUUGGGUCUUUAAUGCAUUGUGCACUAAUAAUUCAAGAGGACGGUUACAAGUGGAGGUAAACACGACGGCAUUUGGAUUAUUAAAAUUUGAUGCGGGUGGACAAUGUUUGCAUUGGUUGGAAAUUAAAUAUAAAAUAGAUCAGGGUUCAACUGGUUUAAGAUUGUGCGGAAUUGUCCCGAGAGAAGUUGCUGUUACAUCUCAGAGAGAUAGAAUGGCUAUCAUAUUUGAUGCAGAUAGAGACUCAAGUGUAACUGAAGCUCCAUCAGUUCCACUCGGUAAAGGGUUCAGGAUAAAAGUAUCGCUAGGAAAACAUCACCAAAAACUCAAUAAUGUUGGUGUAAAUACAAUAUGGAAGAUGGCUAUAUAUUUUUUAAGAGUUCGGUUGAACUGA